AUGGCAUCGUUGGAUCAUUCAAGGCAAAGAAUAGUAUAUCUAAUUACGUAUAGUCGUGCAGAUACCUCCAAGUUUCCAAGUAAAGAGAGUUUCUCGUCAGCUAUUGUAGAAGCCUGGCACCAUUUUGGCAUUAGAGUAAUACAGUGGGUUACUUGCAUCGAGGCACAUAACAACAACAAUGAGUGUACGAGUGGAGACGAGAUGAAUCUAUAUCAUUACCAUAUGGCCUUAAAAUUAGCGAAGCGGGGGGGAGAUGGCUUCAAGUACGAAACUACUUGGACGAGAAGUUUGGAGUUCAAGUGA